CCUUCCAAAGCACUGCUGCUGCGGCAGGGAAGGGGAGGAAGGCGUGCAUACCUUUACAAAGACCCCCACCCCCCACCCCGAACGGAAGACGUGCAAGCUCUGCUGCCGGGGGAGGGGGGGUGCUGCGCCGGUGGGGCAGGAGGGGCCGAAGGGAAGAGCAGCAGCCGGGCCUCCUGCGACCCUCCCCCCGGUUGCAAAGGCUGCAGCAGCUCCGAGGGCCGGAGGAGGGGAAGGCGAGGCGGCCAGUCAAGUGACUCAAGGCAUCUCUAUCCAGUCGGAGGUGACCCAAGAGAAGGGGACGGAGAUGGAAGAGCAGGACCCAGAAGGAGCUGCAGCUGGCAAGACAGCAAGCAAAGGCCCCCCUCCCACCCAAGCUGGGGGUGGUGGUGAAGGCUGGGAAAGCCCCGUGCCAGAGACACCUUCUCAGCUCACGGAGAUCUCAGAGGUGCAUGGCCAACACUUCCGGCAGUUCCAGUACCGUGAGGCUGAUGGGCCCCGAGAGGUUUGCAGCCGGCUCCAUCGACUCUGCAGCCACUGGCUGAAGCCAGAGAGGAACUCCAAGAAGCAGAUGGUGGACCUGGUGAUCCUGGAGAGGUUCCUAGCCCUCCUGCCCCAGGAAAUGCAGCGCUGGGUCAGGGAAUGUGGGCCGGAGACCAGUUCCCAGGCGGUGGCCUUGGCCGAAGGUUUCCUCCUGAGUCAGGCCGAGGAGAAGAGGCAGGCAGAGCAGAUGUGGGGACCAUCCUGGGAGAGAGAAGCUCCAUUCCCUGAGGCAGAACGAGGUUCCUUGGAGGAAGGGCAGAGGGCGCAGGCCCAGGAGGGUGCCCAAGAUGCCCUCUCUUGGGGCACUGGAGAAGUUCUGCUGAGCCAUCAUCUUUCCAGAGGUGUGGAAACAGCUGCUUUACCUCCAGUCCAGUGCCCCUUUUCCUUUGAGGAGGUGUCUGUUUGUUUCACCCAAGCAGAAUGGGACCUGCUGGAUCCGGACCAGAAAACCCUCUACAGGGAAGUCAUGCAGGAGAACUAUUGGAGUGUAAUCUCUCUGGCAGAGGAUGAUCACAGAAACGAGGAGGGUGAGGAAUUUGAGCAGCAGUUGCCAGAUGAAGUUCAAGACUUGGAAGAAAACAGUCGAAAUCAAGGAAGACCUAAAAGAAAGAAAGGCAGCUGUAUGGAUGACAAGAGAAAAGGAAAAAGGCUUAAUGUACAUUUUCCAAAGAAGAGAAUAAUUAAGACAUUCCGUCAGAGUGGCCAUCUUCAACUGCAUCAGAGAACUCACACAGGGGAGAAACCUUUUGAAUGUUCAAAGUGUGGAAAGAGAUUCCGUCAGAGUGGCCAUCUUCAACUGCAUCAGAGAAUCCACACAGGGGAGAAACCUUUUGAAUGCUCAGAGUGUGGAAAGAGAUUCGGUCUCAGUGGCACUCUAAAACGGCAUCAAACAACCCACACAGGGGAGAAACCUUUUGAAUGCUCUGAGUGUAGAAAGAGAUUCAGUCAUACUAGCCAUCUUCAACUGCAUCAGAGAACCCACACAGGGGAGAAACCUUUUGAAUGCUCAGAGUGUGGGAAGAGAUUCAGUCAGAGUGUCCAUCUUCAACGGCAUCAGAGAACCCACACAGGGGAGAAACCAUUUGAAUGUUCAGAGUGUGGGAAGAGAUUUGGUCUCAGUGGCACUCUAAAAUUGCAUCAGAGAACCCACACAGGGGAGAAACCUUUUAAAUGCUCAGAGUGUGGGAUGAGAUUCAGUCACGGUGGCGCACUAAAACUACAUCAGAGAACCCACACAGGGGAGAAACCUUUUGAAUGCUCAGAGUGUGGAAAGAGAUUCAGUCAUAGUAGCUAUCUUCAACUGCAUCAGAGAACACACACAGGGGAGAAACCUUUUGAAUGCUCAGAGUGUGGGAAGAGAUUCAGUCUCAGUUGCCAUCUUCAACGGCAUCAGAGAACUCACUCAGGGGAGAAACCUUUCGAAUGCUCAGAGUGUGGAAAGAGAUUCCGUCAGAGUGGCCAUCUUCAGCGGCAUCAGAGAACCCACACAGGGGAGAAACUUUUUGAAUGUUCAGAAUGUGGGAGGAGAUUUGGUCUCAGUGACAAUCUAAAAGUACAUCAGAGAACCCACACAGGGGAGAAACCUUUUGAAUGCUCAGAAUGUGGAAAGAGAUUCAGUAAUAGUCGCCAUCUUCAAUUGCAUCAGAGAACCCACACAGGAGAGAAACCUUUUGAAUGCUCAGAGUGUGGAAAGAGAUUCAGACAGAGUGGCCAUCUUCAACUGCAUCAGAGAACCCACACAGGGGAGAAGCCUUUUGAAUGUUCAGAGUGUGGGAAGAGAUUUGGUCACAGUUGUACUCUAAAACUGCACCAGAGAACCCACACAGGGGAGAAACCUUUUGCAUGUUCAGAAUGUGGAAAGAAAUUUAGUGUCAGCGGCAAUCUAAAACUGCAUCAAAGAGCCCACACAGGGAAGAAACCUUUUGAAUGCUCAGAGUGUGGAAAGAGAUUCAGUCGGAGUGGCCAUCUUCAAUGUCAUCAGAGAACCCAUACAGGAGAGAAACCUUUUGAAUGUUCACAGUGUGGAAAGAGAUUCAGUCAGAGUGGCACUCUUCAACGGCAUCAAAGAACCCACACAGGGAAGAAACCAUUUUAUGUUGAGAAUUGUGGAAAGAGUCUCAGUUGGAGUGGCUCUCUUCAGCUGCACCAGAGAACCCACAUGGGGAAAACUUCUUUGAAUGCUCUGAGUGUGGAAAGAGAUUCAGUUGGCAUGGAUAUCUUCGACAGCAUCUUAAGAAUCCACACAGCUUAG